CUGUGCUUUUAGUCCGCAACUCAAAUUCAUUUUCCGUGAUACUGUUGUCUUUGUUACCCUGUUGUCGCGUACGAGCGUUGUCGGACUCUAAAUUAUGUUCAUGCGCCGGAGUAAAUUUAAACAUGUCUUCGGAAAACCAUGCAAGAAGGAAUGUUGCUAUGAAGACAUUCGAAUAACGAAAAGUAGUUGGGAUGCCCGUUUUUGUGCUGUAAACCCGAAGUACCUUGCAAUUAUUACUGAAGCUGCUGGGGGCGGAUCAUUCCUUGUUAUACCUAUUGAGAAGGUGGGUCGGGUAGAACGUGAUGCUCCCCUCGUUGCUGGACAUACAGGAAGUGUAUUAGAUAUACAAUGGUGUCCACACAAUGAUGAUCUUAUUGCCAGUGGUUCUGAGGACUGUACUGUAAAAGUCUGGGAAAUCCCAGAAGGUGGACUACUCCCAAAAACAAAUCUGACUACACCUGUGGCAGACUUGGUAUGUCAUCAGCGCCGUGUUGGUUUAGUUUUAUGGCACCCAACAGCUAAACAUGUAUUACUAUCUGCAGGUGUUGAUAAUAUGGUGUAUAUAUGGAAUGUUGCCACAGAAGAACCAUUGGUUGAAAUAACAUUUCCAGAUAUUGUUUUAUCUGCUUGUUUCAAUUAUAAUGGUUCUCGUUUGGUUACAACUUGUAAAGAUCGGCAUACAAGAGUGGUGGACCCACGCACUGGAACAGUUAUUAUUGAUGGUAUAUGUCAUCAGGGAAGCAAACCACAGGAAGUUGUUUACCUGAAAGACAAUAAGAUUUUUACUACCGGUUUUUCACCAAUGAGCGAACGCCAAUAUGCAUUAUGGAAAGAAGACGAUUUUACUGAACCUUUACAUAUUCAAGAAUUGGAUACAAGUAAUGGUGUACUGUUUCCUUUCUAUGAUUCGGAUACCAAUUUAAUAUAUCUCUGUGGAAAAGGUGAUAGUACAAUUAGAUAUUUUGAAAUUACCGAUGAAGAACCGUAUGUACAUUAUAUCAAUAUGCUUACUAGUUCUGAUCCACAACGAGGAAUGGGUUGGAUGCCAAAACGAGGACUAGAUGUAAAUCAAAAUGAAAUUGCUAGAUUUUAUAAAUUGCAUGCGAAAGGUUUAUGCGAAGUUAUCCCGUUUACUGUACCUCGAAAAUCAGAACUAUUCCAAGAUGAUCUUUAUCCAGAUACAAUUGGUGAUACUCCUUCAUUGACAGCUGAAGAAUGGAUGUCCGGUAAAGAUGCAGAUCCUGUUCUAAUAUCUCUCAAAGAGGGUUAUGUUCCAAAGUCUAAACCGAAAAAACGUAUUGGCAAGUUGAUCACAUCGACUCCAGCAGCUAGUAAAGAAGAACAAGAUGUAAAUGUAACAGUUCCACAAACUAAAGUAGCAUCUCAUCCAAAUCGACAACCUAGUACAAAAUUACCAAAUACUGAAAAUCAUGCUAAAACAGAUCAUUUAGAUGUACAGCGGCAACGAUUAACCAAGAGUACUCCACCUAAGGAUAUUCCAUCUUCCGAACCAAUGAAUGGUGUUUCAACCGCUGCUUCUCAUGUAAAUUCAGCUGAUAUUCAUCAACUCAUGGAAGAUAUUCGUAAAAUGAAAAUUAUUAUUAAAGGCCAUGAAAGACGUAUACGAAACCUAGAGGAACGUUUAGAAUUGACCGAUAGUGGUGGAGAUUGUGUAUCUUCUAUGUCUGUUAGCUCAAUUAAAUAACUGUAAACUUACAUUAUUCAUCAUUAUUAUCCGUCAUGCGUUACCAGUAAGUUUACUAAAACACUGUGUAGAUCAUGUCAUAUUUUUCGGAUGAAACUAAAAAAAAAAAAUAAACUGACAAUUAAAUCUCAUUAUGAUAUGUUCAUUGCAUGUACUAUUCUGUGAGCUUUGUUUUUUUUUUAAUUAGUAAUAAACAUUUUAAGAAUAGAAAACAAACUGUCUUCCACUCAGUGUGACUUAAAUUACACUUUUGAACUUAUUUCUCCAUUCUUACUCUUUUCUUGUUUAUCUGUGUGUAUGUUUCAAUCAACUGAUAGUUGAUUAACUUUUCAAAUGAACAAUAUCAUUUAGCAUUUAUUAACAAAACUUUAUAUAUAUAUAUAUAUAUACUGUUUGCCUGCCUUCUUUUUUGUCUUUUCUCUAAAGCAUAAUGUGCGAUUUUCACUGUUUAAAAUUUCAAACCUAUGCUGAUUAGUUUAAUUUCAUGCAACCAGCUCAUAUAGGUAAUUUUUUUUUGCAUUAUAUCGUUACAUGUUUUUACAUUUCACUAAAAAAUAUUCUGCGACCGUUCGUAUAUAUACAUAUAGAUAUGUAUACAUGAAAACUAUGCUUGCAUGUGAACUUAUAUACGUAGAAAAAUUAAUAAAUUAAUGAACAGUAUCAAAGUGCCCAUACAAUUUUCUUUUCUUUUAUUGCGCACAUUAUUCAUGAUUCGAAUGUCUAUUUCCAUUUCUGUUUGAUCGUUUCGGUACCAUGUUUUCGGAUAAAUGAUGAACUUAUUUCUCUUAACAUUUAUUUAUUUUGAUUCAUAGAUUUUCAGUUUCUUUUAUAUAAGGAUGUGUAUAUUGUGUUGGUUGGUCUUAUCAAUAAGGCAUAUUGUUCAUACUGUUAAUUCACUACCAUUUUGAUAACAACGAUGACAAUACUGAGAGAAAAAAAAGUGUCUGUAUGUGUGUGUGGAUUAAUUCUGUUGUAGUUAAGGCUUGUAAUCAUUAUCUUCAAUGUUAUUUGCAUGAAAUCUUUCUAAACUAUCUAUCUGGCUUUCUUAUUGUUUCCUAAUAGUUUAAAUGUUUAUAUUUCCUACAUGACUAAAUUGUCUUAGACUAUUCUUUGUAGAUCUAUCAAAUAAAAAUAUAUUUCUGUAAUUGUUAACAAACUUUACAGCUUUCUUUACCUCAAUUUUUUUUUUGUCUUACUAUUAUUAUAUACGUGAAUAUAUGUGUCCCUUCUGACUUAACUUUUUAAUCAAUGUCUGUUGGAAAUUUUUUCUUUUUCUGGAGAAAACGGUUUAUCAAAUGCAAUUUUAAUGAUAUGGAAUUCAGAAAUAUUCUCAUUGUAUUUCAUGCUUUUAAUUAAUGUUAUUUAUUAGUAAUGUUGGCAUUGUCGUUCAUACUGUAACUGUUGUUAUUCCAUUGUUUUCAAGGUGGAGAACAAUAACAUGUAUACUCUUUAUCAUUUGUAAGGGUUAGGGGUUUUAAGUAGUAAUCGUCUUUGAUUAAACAGCUCUACAUUAUUCCUAUAAAUCAAAACUAGUAUAUUUUUC